AUGGGGGUGGAGAAAAGAUUGGUUAUCAAGAAGGCGAAGAAAUGCAAAGAAGCCCUGUUAAAUAAAUCAUCUUUUAAAUCAACCUUUGUUCAUUUGAAAUGUAGCUGUGCAUACUGGUACAGCAGCAUGAGAGACUGCAGAAGAAAAUUCUGAGGGCAAACUACACAAGCAGAAAUGAUGUCUCCUCUUCGGCCCAGGGAAUGCAAACUGACCAGAAAAGAGGCAGAGAACUAUGGAUUCUGUCUGCGCCUUGAGAAAUAUAAAACAGGGCACCUGAUCCGGAACGUGGCAAAGGGGAGUCCAGCUGAGAAGGCUGGCCUGAAGGAUGGAGACAGAGUCCUGAGGGUCAAUGGGAUUUUUGUAGACAAAGAAGAUCAUGGAACGGUGGCUGAUUUAGUUAGGAAAAGUGUGGACUCUGUAGUAUUCCUUGUUUUGGAUGAAAAAUCUUAUGAAGAUGCACAUAAGGAGGGGGUCAAUUUUGAAGAGUUGGGUCAAGCAUUACCAGCCCAGCAGCAAGCAGAACACCCUUCAGUUGUGACAAAUGGAGGACCUGGCCCAGUUACACAACCCCGCCUCUGCUAUCUGGUGAAAGAAAAAAACAGCUAUGGCUUCUCUCUGAAGACAACGGAAGGUCAGAAGGGAUUGUUCAUUAUAGAUUUGUCCCCACAAGGACCAGCUGCAUUAGCCGGAGUGCAGCCCAACGACCGCCUGAUCGAAAUCAAUGGAGAGAAUGUGGAAAACGACACUCAUGAGGAAGUAGUCGAGAAGGUGAGGAGGUCUGGAAAUCGACUUGUGUUUCUGGUGUCAAAUAAAGAAACCGAUCAGUAUUACAAGAGGCAGAACAUGCAGCUGAGGAGAGAAAUGGCAAGUUUGAAAUUAUUACCUCACAAACCCCGAAGGCUGGAGCUUGCAAAAGGAAAAAAUGGUUAUGGAUUCUAUCUGAGAAUGGAACAGAAUGGUAAAGGUCACUUAAUUAAGGACAUUGAUUCUGGCAGCCCUGCGGCCGAAGUUGGUCUCAAGGACAGCGACAUCCUGGUGGCUGUCAAUGGAGAGUCAGUUGAAGCACUGGACCACGAGGCUGUUGUGGAGAAGAUCAGGAAGUCCGGUGAAAAAACUGCACUGCUGGUGGUGGAUGACGAAACUGAUGCCAUGUACAAAAUGGCUAAGAUAUCCCCAUGCCUCUACUAUCACGCAACACCGGUGCAAUCUCCAUGUGAGGCUGAAGUGCCAACAUGUCAUACGGCAAAAGAGAAUCACAAGCCCAGACUCUGCUAUCUGGUAAAGGGUCCCAGUGGCUUUGGCUUCCGUUUGAACGCCAUCAAAGGUUUGCCUGGCCAGUUCAUCAAAGAGGUAAAGGAGGGUGGCCCAGCAGAAAGUGCAGGGCUGCAAAUCGAUGACAUCUUAAUAGAAGUCAACGGUGCAAAUGUGGAGAAUGAAGAUUAUGACGAUGUCGUGGCAAGAAUCCAUGAUGGUGGAAACAAGCUGAAACUAGUAGUAUGUGGAGAAGCAGCUUAUCAGUACUUCAAGGCCCAGAAUAUGCCCAUCACUGCCCCCAUGGCAGAUCCACCAGACAGCAGUAAUUACCCUCCUGCUUACACAGAGAUACAAGCCCCAGAGCCAGAUGGACCAUUGCCAGAACCACGAGAGAGGGCUAACUCAUCCUCCUCUUCACUCUCAGUUGCUUCUGAAGAUGAUGAUACCAAAUUGUAAUGCCAGGGGUCAAGUACCUUCCUUUGGUAGUGCCCAAAAGGGAAUAGUAGUCUGAAGCAGAGUUACAAAUAUUACUGCUCGGAAAAUGUUGGCUACUCUCCUGUGCAUGCUUACUUGAAACAAAGGCCCAUUGAACAAACAAACAUGUAUAGGAUUGGGCUGCUAGAUAACAUGUCUUUCAGGUGAGGAAGGGAUUCUACUGGAUUCCUACCUCCUU